AUGCUGAAACCGCCAACAAGGAUAAUCGGCUUGAUCGAUAUGGAUUGCUUCUACGCACAAGUCGAACAACGUGAAAAGCCAGAACUGUGGGGCAAACCGGUAGCCGUUGUACAACCUUCAGGACCUAGAGGAGCCUUGGGAGGAGUCAUCGCUUUGAGCUACGAAGCCCGUAGAGCCGGAGUCAAGCGCGGAAUGAUGGUACCGCAGGUGAAAGCUUGCUGCAGUGAAGUGAACAUCUGUGUUGUACCCUUUGGAGAACAUGCCGACAAACCCGACAUCAACAAAUACAGGCUUGCUUCGGCUGAGGUGUUUGAAAUAAUCAACACUUUUGAUGAAAGGAUUGUUGUUGAGAAGGCUAGCGUAGAUGAAGCCUUUUUGGAUCUCACGCAAUUGGUUGAAGAAAUGAUUGCAACAGAAGGUCGAGAUGAAGCUUUGAGAAGAUAUGCGUCUGAAUGGAAAACCAUCUUUCCAACUUCACAUCUUGCUGAAGGAGCGGAUAAAAAUGACAGCUAUAACCGUGAAGAAAGUUUCGAACGCUGGAUUACUGGACAUUGCGCAACCGAUUUUCGACACCUCUCAAUUUUGGUUGCUGGGGAGGUGAUUGAGCAGCUUCGUGCCGCGAUUUUGUCAAAAACGCAGUUUUAUUGUUCGGGCGGAGUGGCAACGAAUAAAAUGAUGGCUAAAUUAGUUUGUGGCCGUCAUAAACCGCGGCAGCAAACACUUAUGCCCCAUGAAUACGCUUCAAACAUUCUGGAUAAAACAUCUAUUCAAGAUGUUCGUUUUUUGGGCGGUAAAUUUGGACAAAGUGUGUGCAAUCGCUUUGGGAUUGAAACAAUGGGUCAAUUGGCAGCGAUUAAUUUGUCGAAGUUGGAGGAAAGUUUCCCCGCACAAGCACGCUGGCUCUAUGAGGUAGCUCGGGGUCAUGAUGAAGAGGUUGUAAAGACAAGGAAUCUUUUAGGCAGUGUCACAGUGAGCAAGCAGUUCCCAGGGAAACGUGCGUUAGCCAAAAUUGAUGAUAUUCAAUUUUGGAUCACAGGAUUAAGCAAGGAGCUUUGCAAACGACUUCACGAAGACCAAAAUGCUAACAAACGCACAGCGACCAGUUUAAUUUUGAGUUUUUGUACCACGAAUUGGAAACAAUAUUCUAAAACACUGUCCAUGGUUUCUUAUAACCCUGACGACAUUUACGAGAUUGCUUGGGGGGCUCUCAAAUUGUUAAAUAAAGCGACAGAUAAAAAGAAUUGGGAACCACCACUUGGCGUUCUCACCCUCAGUUCUUCGCGCUUUGUUGGUGGAGUCUUAUCCGGAACUCGAACACUCAAAAACUGGAUGAAAGAAGGUGGUGAAACGAGCAACAUCGAGAAGAAACUACCUGCUAUUGUUUCUUCCAGAGUUGAUGACCAAGGUUGGGAAGUCUUCAAUCCUGAUGAUUUGGAAGAUGUCAAUACGGAAGCUGUCAAUGCGCCAUGGGAAACUGGUUUGGGUUCAUCGGUGCUUCCAAAUGCUUUGGGAUAUGAUCCUGCAUUCUUAAACGAAUUGCCUGAAGACAUUCGAGCUGAAUUACUACAUGAGCAAAGAUUGAAUGAAGCAAAGGUGCUUCAAGUUAAACAUAAACCGAUUGACGCAAAGGUAGAAGCGAAAGGAAAUCCUAAACAACGACAAAAGAAAAAAGCGGAUUUGCCUGUUGAUGAGCCUCCAAAGAAGAAAAUUAAAGACUUCUUCAAAAAGGAU